UCGACGCGCCCCCGUCGUUCCCCGCCCUCCGUCCCUCGCGGAGCGUCCUCGACGUCGUCUUCGCACCGCGAAGCGCGCCGACGCCCGAGCGCGAUUCCGCCCCGCCCCGGGCCCCCCCUUGUUAAAUAAAUCAAGGCGCCGCGCCCACCCUCUUGGACGAAUCGAGAGGCAUGCCGACGCGCGCGUCCGACGACCGCGCGACCGCGCGCGUCGGCGCGAUCCGCCGCCACCUCGACGGCGGCGCGCGCGAUGAAGACGACGUGCAGAGGAACCCCACAGCAGCCGCGGCGUCCGCGGCGGCGGCGUCGACGCAGCGCCCCAGCCCGGGCGGCGGCCCGGGCUCGCUGACCGUCGUCGACAACCGCACGAAGAAAAAGUACCAGAUUCCGAUCCAACCCGGCGGCUACGUCGCCGCGACCGCGUUCAGGGCGAUCACGGCCGGCGGCGACGGCGCCGGCCUCCGCCUCUUCGACCCGGGUUACAUGAACACCGCGCCGUGCAAGUCCAAGAUCUCCUACAUCGACGGCGACGCGGGGAUCUUGCGUUACCGCGGCUACCCGAUCGAGGAGCUCGCGGAGAAGUCUUCGUACCUCGAGUCCGCGUUCGCGCUCGUGUACGGCGACUUACCCUCCGCGCCGCAGCUGCGGGAGUGGGAGGAGACGAUCAUGAGGCACAGCGCUUUACCCGUGCCCGUGGUCCAAGCCCUGGAGGCGCUGCCGCACGACGCGCACCCGAUGGGCGUCGUGUUGGCGGGUUUGAACGCGUUGUCGACGUUUCACCCGGAGCAGAACCCGGCGGUGCGAGGCGGAAACGUGUACGCCGAGCACGGCACGCAGGACAAGCAGAUCGUGCGGAUCAUAGGGAAGAUGACGACGCUCGCCGCGCACGCGUACCACCGAAACACGGGGCGCACGCCCGCGGUUCCGAACCAGAAGCUAUCCUACGCGGAAAAUUUCCUCUACAUGCUCGACGCCGGGCUCGACCCGCAUCACCGCCCCAACCCGCGGCUCGCCAAAGCGUUGGACGUCAUGUUCCUACUGCACGCGGAGCACGAGAUGAACUGCUCGACCGCGGCGGCGAGGCACCUCGCGAGCAGCGGCGUGGACGUGUACAGCGCCGUCGCGGGCGCGGUGGGCGCGUUGUACGGGCCGCUCCACGGCGGCGCCAACGAGGCGCGUUCGCAGCAUGCACACUGGUCCCCGUACGAUCGCGUCGGCGCGGUGAACGCCGCGGUGCUCAAGAUGCUCGCGCGCAUCGGCACCGCGGACGCCAUCCCCGCGUUCCUCGAGGGCGUGAAGAACAAGAAGGAGAAGAUGUCCGGGUUCGGACACAGGGUGUACAAAAACUUCGACCCGCGCGCGAACGUCAUUCGCGGCGUCGCGGAGACGGUGUUUUCUCUCGUCGGACGCGACCCGCUCAUCGACGUCGCCGUUCAGCUCGAGAAAGCCGCGCGGUCCGAUCCGUAUUUUGUCGAUCGGAAUCUCUACCCGAACGUCGACUUCUACAGCGGUUUGGUGUACAGAGCCCUCGGGUUCCCGCCCGAGUUUUUCACCGUGCUCUUCGCGAUCCCGCGCGCGGCGGGGUACCUCGCGCACUGGCGCGAGCAGCUGACGGAUCCGGACCUGAAAAUCAUGCGGCCGCAGCAGAUUUACCAAGGCGCGUGGCUGCGACCGUACGUAGACAUCAACGCGCGUCCGAGCGCGGCGGAGGACUCGAUGUGGCAGGUGGAGCCCUCGAACGCGUCUCGACGCAGGCUCGCGGGGAUGAGCGUCGACGCGGACGCGGUGGCGGCAGCAGCGAGGGACGACAUGAGGCCGCUCGGCGUCGCCGGACGCGCGGAUUCGAGUGGGAGGCGGAACCCGAGCGCGAUCGACCUGUCGCCGGCGUUUUCGUCCGGGGUCACGCCGGGGGACGCGACGAGCGGGAUCAACAACCUCCUCGACGGAGAGAUGAACUGA